AUUUGCGUUUAUGAGAAAUUGUGUUUGGCGAUGUCUAUGAAGUGCUGAGUACGCUUCUCCUUUAAGAGACGAGUGGUUGAGAAAUUUGACUUGAGUGGUGAGUAGUUGCUGACGCAAGGGGAUUCAGAGGGCCCGUGGUAGCGAACUGAGUGGUCACUGGAAAGCAAUGAAAGCUAUGGGAACCGAACGGAAGGUCCACCACUCACUCAGUCAUCUCAGGAGGGACUGAAGCUAUCGUUUUAUAUAUCAUUGAAUGUCAAGGAUUUGAACUACCUUCUUGAGGGUCAGGGCGUGGAAGACCUUUUGUGAUUACUAAAGAUGAACGUGUACAAUAGCGGUUCUGGAAAGUGAAAGUCGCGUAAGAAUAUCCUUCACGUUUGAACUUUGUAGACACCCUGUUGGAAAGUACAGUGAGCGUUAUUUAACUGAACGCUUAUGUUCUUUCUAAACCCAUUUCCUCAAUAACAUUUAUCCUUUCAUUUCUGUAUAGCGGUACGAACGCACUCUUCAUGUUGUGAUUCGGAGUAUAAGCUUAUCUUGUUGUUCAUGGUAACUUUAUAAUUUGGACAGCUAGACCAGCGAGUGGUCGAUCACCCAUUAGUUUCUGUCGCUUAUUUUCAUCUAGAGUUGUCACCAGACGUUCUAGGUCGUGUUGCCUUGGAUAAACACUAAAGAACUGUUUGACCAUGCUUCAAAAUGGUAAAGCCAAAGAGGAAAAGUCUUCAGAACUGUCACAGACCGAGGCUGCUAAACCUCAAACUCAACCUGGGACGGAGGAUGACACCGCGCAAAAGACGAAGACUGACAGUGACUCCACACACUUCCCCAUGCCAGUUUAUCCUAAAGUGGAGAUAAAGCGCCACGCGGUGACUGACGACUACAAGAUCUCAAGCCAGGUUCUGGGUUUGGGUAUCAAUGGCAAAGUCCUGCAGUGCUUCAACAAGAAGACUGGAGAGAAAUGCGCAUUGAAGAUACUGUAUGACAGUCCCAAGGCGAGACGGGAGGUCGAGCUGCACUGCCGGGUGUGUGGAGGGCCCUACAUCGUGAGGAUCCUUGGCCUGUAUGAGAACAUGCACCAUGGGAAGAAGUGCCUUCUCAUCAUCAUGGAAUGCAUGGAGGGUGGAGAGCUCUUCAGCCGGAUCCAGGCUCGGGGAGAUCAGGCCUUCACUGAGAAAGAGGCGUCAGAGAUCAUGCGUGACAUUGGGACGGCCAUUGACUUCCUCCACAACAUGAGCAUUGCACACAGAGACAUCAAACCAGAGAACCUGCUAUACACAAAGAAGGAGACCAGUGCUGUGCUCAAGCUUACCGACUUUGGCUUCGCCAAAGAGACCACGCUGCACAACCCCUUGCAGACACCCUGCUACACACCAUACUACGUGGCGCCGGAGGUUUUGGGCCCGGAGAAGUAUGACAAGUCAUGUGACAUGUGGUCUCUGGGUGUGAUCAUGUACAUCCUUUUGUGUGGUUUCCCACCUUUUUACUCGAACACGGGCCAAGCCAUCUCCCCAGGAAUGAAGCGCCGUAUUCGGAUGGGCCAGUACGAGUUUCCCAAGCCAGAGUGGACGGAUGUGUCCCAGGAAGCUAAAGACCUGAUCACUCAGUUGCUGAAGACAGACCCCAAUGAGAGAAUGACCAUCACACAGUUCAUGAACCACCCAUGGAUAAAUCAAUCAAUGGCAGUCCCACCAACACCUCUCCACACUUGUCGGGUCCUGAAUGAAGACAAAGCCACAUGGGACGAUGUGAAGGAGGAGAUGACCUGCGCUCUGGCCACCAUGCGCGUGGAUUACGACCAGGUGACGCUCAAGGACCUGGACAUCUCUAGCAACCCGCUGCUCAACAAGCGGCGCAAGAAGGCGGCCGCCGGAGGCAAGGGGACCGUGUGCAACAGCCAGUAAUGCUGCAGGAGGACCGAGGAGCUACAGGAAGAGGAGGAGGAGGAGGAGGAGGAGGAGAGCAAGCCACUCCCUCAGGGCCCCCUCCAGAGAGAUAAAGGGGCCCGGAUGUGAAGGACGACAAAUGAGAAUGAAGAAAAGAGGCCAAACUGUAAAAAUGCAGCCAUGCCUACCAGCCCCAAACGGGAGACCCUUGACUGUAUAGUUCCCUUACGGAAGCCAUUUGUUUUUUAUCGCCAUGACUGAGAACAGCUGCUAUCAGUAGCUGUCAAGCUGUUUUAUUUGUAUAGGUGUGUGUGUUUGUAUGUGUGUGUGUGUGUGUGUGUGUGUGUGUGUGUGUGUGUGUGUGUGUGUGUGUGUGUGUGUGUGUGUGUGUGUGUGUGUGUGUGCGCGCACGCCUGUGUCUCUGUGUCCAUAUGCAUCAGUAUUUGUGUGGCUUGUUUGCGAUAUUUUAUAUAUUUCAGCAGCUAAAGAAUGUGCUGGCAUGAUUUGGAGUGUUUGUUUGGGUGUGUGUUUCUAGAGUAUGUGUGUGUUUAUAAUGGCAAGUUCAUGUCGUGCUUGCUGUAUGAAACAGUUUAUUCCCUCUACACAUCAUGAAACAGUCACUCAUCCUCUCACUCUGUCGUUAGCUCACCCCUCACUGUAUGAGACAAAAAAAAAACCUUUAGACCAACAAUGAUCUCUUGGGUCUUUUGGGCAUCUGAAGACACACAUAUAUGUGAGUGUUCGUAUGGAUGUCUCUUGUGUGACUUUGCUCACACAAAGAUCUUGGAUUCAUGGAGGGGUUUGUGUUUGGGCGUGGACUAUCCAUACGCCAACAGUUCACUCCAAAGGAUAUCCUAGACCUGUCACUAUCUGUACUGUUUUUUCCUUUUUUUUUGGAUGUUGAGUCCUGUUAUCAGGAUUAAAAUGAAUUGAAUUUUCAAA